GGCAUGGAACACAUUGAUGAGAGUCUCCAUCGCUGUCUCCAGCUCAGAGCCCAUCGCGCAGCUCACCUACCCACCCCCACCAUGGAAAAUCAGGCCUUCCAUCAGGUGAUGGUGGGAAGGGAGAGAGGAAUGACCAAGCCUUUCCCCAGAGCCAGGGCUCCCAGCGAGAGGGAGAGGAGACCUCUGGGGCCUUGUCCCUGCUGCUGCCCCCUCCCUCGCCUCGGCCCAGCCUGGAUGAUGCCUGGGGCGCUGAACAAUGGGCCCUGAUCGAAUGACCUUCCACCUCUACAAUGGGAACCUCAGUCCUGAUGGCAGCAGAGCCACUGACUGAGCUGGAGGCCGCCAUUGAGACAGUGGUCACUACCUUCUUCACCUUUGCAGGGCAGGGGGGCCGGAAGGGUAGCCUCAGCAUCGAUGAGUUUAGGGAACUGGCCACUCAGCAGUUGCCUCACUUGCUCAAGGAUGUGGGCUCCUUAGAUGAGAAGAUGAAGAGCUUGGAUGUGAAUCAGGACUCCGAGCUCAAGUUCCACGAAUACUGGAGACUGAUAGGGUUGCUGGCCAAGGAGAUCCGGAAGGAGAGGGCCCUGGAGAUCCAGAAGAAGUAAAGCCCUGACCAGGAUAGUGCUGGGCGGUGGUAGCCAGGCAGAACCCCACUCCCUCCAAAAAAAAGCCUCUUCCUUGAAACACAAAUGUUUCUUAUUCCCACCCUACCCCUC